GCUCCAAAAAACAAGGCACUGGCGAGCUCCGCCUCUGUCACGAGCACCCCUGUACCAGUAACAGAAGACCAUGAGGAUGCAUGGGAAGCUUCAGUCCUCACCUCAUAACCAUAUCACACAGACUCAAGACAACUGUCUUUCCUCGCUAAGACACAGUCCCACAUAUUUCAAGGUGAUUCCUGGCGUAAUCAAGGACCAUGACGGCCAUUAAUGCUCCUCGUGAUCGGUAUAAUGCGGUGUGGAUCAUUUUCUUCAUCCUGGGCUUGGGAACCCUUCUGCCAUGGAACUUCUUCAUGACUGCAACCAUGUACUUCACCAGCCGCCUGAAGGACCCACAGAGCGAUGCCACGGCCAAUCAGACCCUCAACUCGACAAUGCCAGGCGUGGACACGCGGAACGUUCUGGAAUCGAAGUUCAACAACGUGAUGACGCUGUGUGCCAUGGUGCCCCUCCUCAUCUUCACCUGCCUCAACUCCUUCAUCCACCAGAGGAUCCCUCAGAAGCUGCGUAUCUCGGGCAGCCUGACGGUCAUCCUGGUGGUGUUCCUGAUGACCGCUGUGCUGGUCAAGGUGGACGUGGCUCCCCUGCCUUUCUUCUGCCUCACCAUGAUCAAGAUCAUCUGCAUCAACUCGUUUGGUGCCGUGCUGCAGGGCAGUCUGUUUGGUCUGGCGGGCAUGCUGCCAGCUUCCUACACCACCCCCAUCAUGAGUGGCCAGGGUCUGGCCGGGACCUUCGCUGCCUUCUCCAUGAUCUGUGCCCUGGCCAGUGGCUCCGCCCUGCAGGACAGUGCGUUUGGCUACUUCAUCACAGCUUGUGUGGUGAUCCUGCUGGCCAUCCUAUCCUACUUCGUCCUUCCCCAGAUGGACUUCUUCCAGUACCACCUGGAGUGUAACGGCUCCAGACCCUCGGGCGACGAGGAGAACAAGAUGGAUCUGCUCCGGAAAGUGUGUGUUGUUGUUUCAGACAGCCCAGGGGAGAAGAGGCCAGUGGUCAGUCUAACUGAAGAAGACACCAAGUCCACACCCUCUGUAAUUGGCAUCUUCAAACAGAUGUGGGUGACGGCCCUGUCUGUGUGCUUUGUCUUCACCGUCACCAUCGGAACGUUCCCCGCCAUCACAGUGGAGGUCAAGUCCACCGUGGCCGACGGAGGUACCUGGGACACCUACUUCAUCCCUGUGUCGUGUUUCCUGCUCUUCAAUGUGAUGGACUGGGCCGGGAGGAGCCUGACUGGUGUCUGUAUGUGGCCCGGUAAGGACAGCAUGUGGCUGCCUACCUUGGUAGGCCUCAGGUUGGUGUUUGUGCCUCUCUUCAUGCUGUGUAACGUCCAGCCCAGGAGCUACCUGCCUGUGCUCUUCUCCCACGAUGCCUGGUACAUCAUCUUCAUGAUCCUCUUCUCCUUCUCCAACGGAUACCUGGCCAGCCUCUGCAUGUGCUUUGGACCCAAGAAAGUGGCGCAGCAUGAGUCAGAGACGGCGGGAGCCAUUAUGGCCUUCUUCCUGUCCCUGGGUCUGGCUCUGGGAGCCGCCCUCUCCUUCGCGUUUAGGAUCAUGAUCUGAAACCCUGAGGACCCCCACCCUCAGGACACGUCGAUUCCCCUCCCUACCACCACCCCCCCACCACCCCCAACCCGGACUGGAAGACAGGGGGUUUUGAGGGGGAAGAAGAAUAAGAUCGAUUGCUUUAUGCUGACUCGUGUUUGUGUCAGAAAGCAGAACGCUGGUCACUGUGUACUGAACACUACAGACUCAACCCUUCUGGAGUCUUAAGAAUCUGUGGUUUACAACCUCUCAAGUAGCUGUUGAAGAUAUUUCUGUUUCUAAAAGAAUGCAACUGAAAUUUCUUCCAGCUGUGAUCUGUGGUACUGACUUAUGUUCUGUUUCGACAUUCAUCCCAUCCUCAGGGGAAGACUGAAGAUGCACUGAGGCAGGAGGGCCUUCAAUCUCAGUCACAUUUCUCUAAAACAGCUGAGAAAGAAAACGUUCAAUCUUGUCCAUUGUUUUUCAAAAGAACUUUUCAAAGUUCAAACAGGUCAAAUUGUAUUGGGUAUUGUCUGCCCCAGGUUCAAUACAAAACUGAGAUGCCAAAUGCUUUCCCAAUAUAUUUACCCAUUGCCACCAUGGAAGCUAAAUCAAGUACACCUCACAUUUUCAAAACUCUGUGUGUUUGUGUUGUGAGUGACUUAAGUCAGACUAUCCAACUAUUAAUGUAGUUAUGUGAUGUUAAUUGAAUUGUACAAACGUUAUAGUUUAGAAAUACCUUUUUAAAGGUAAAAUGUUCCAAGACUAUGCCAAUGUUUGUGUGUAUAUUCAUGGUAUAGCUGUCUUAUUGACAUAACCUUUAUAAAAAAAAUUGCAGUUAAAAGCACAAAAGAUCACAUGCAGCUACUGUAUAAAUAAAUACAUUAGUUUUCUGAACAGUGUUAUGAACCGUUUACCACCAAAACCAUUUUGUAUUUUACACUAGUUAUAACAUUGUGGAUCUAUGUCAGAUUGUAUUUUCAAAUUAUUUAAAUGUGAUGUGCUUAACUGGCAUAAUAGUUUUUUUGUGUUGAAUUAGAAUGUGGCAUGAAAACACCUUUUUUUUAUCAAAUAUGCAAAUCAUUGCCUUUACAACCUGUUUGUCAUAAAAAAAAUAAACCUUUGUGUAUUUUUAA